ACAACGUGAGAACAACGAGAGAACAACGUGAGAACAACGUGAGAACAACGAGAGAACAACGAGAGAACAACGUGAGAACAACGGGGAGAGGAGAUGGUGUUGUUUAAUAAACAAAUGUGUUGGUUCGUUUCCCCGAUCAUAUUCAGCCUAUAAAUGAAUCCGAUGUCUUCCUCUCACGCGGCGUGCCCGGUCCUGUCCCGGCGUCCUGGAGGGGGCGGAGCUUCAGCCAGUAAAGCCAGGUAAAGCUCCGGGUCUCAUCCGCUGCCUUCAGACGGGAAGAAACGCUGCAGCUUCUGAAGGUCAACAGGAUGAAGCUCCACUGAGGUCCGUGGUGCGUUCACUGGUCGGUGAGCGGUGCGUUCACUGGUCGGUCUGCGGUGCGUUCAGGUCACAGGAUGAGCUCCACCUUCUCUCCGUCGUCCUACCUGAGCUUCGGUGCGUCUCCCCCCGGUGGUCACCGUGAGGACCGCGGCGGCCCGCGGCUCUCCGGCACCGUGCCCUUCCUGCUGUACCCCUCCUCCCCCGUGGCCCCCGGGCUGCUGCCCUCCUACCUGGGCCCCUCCUACCUGGGCCCCUCCUACCUGGGCCCCUUCCACCACCACGGACACUUCAGCGUGUUCGAGUGCCCGCUGGAGCCGGCCUUCAUCCAGAAGCGGAACGAGCGCGAGCGCCAGCGCGUGCGCUGCGUGAACCGGGGCUACGCCGCGCUGAGGGACCGCCUCCCGGGGCCCGGCGCCGACAAGAGGCUCAGCAAGGUGGAGACGCUCAGGGCCGCCAUCAGGUACAUCGCCUACCUGCAGGGCCUGGUGGAGGAGGAGCAGGAGGAGGAGCGGCUGAGGCCGGCUUCUUCUACUUCCUGUUUGACUUGAGGAGACGCCAGCAGAGACUAAGAGAGACCAGCAGAGACCAGCAGAGACCAGGAGAGACCAGCAGAGACCAGGAGACACCAUGAGACACUAAGAGAGACCAGCAGAGACCAGGAGAGACCAGGAGACACCAGCAGAGACCAGGAGACACCAGCAGAGACCAGGAGACACCAUGAGACACUAAGAGAGACCAGCAGAGACCAGGAGAGACCAGCAGAGACUAAGAGAGACCAGGAGACCAGCAGAGACCAGCAGAGACCAGCAGACACUAAGAGAGACCAGCAGACGCCAGGAGGACCGUGAGGAGUCUUUGGUUGCGUCUGAUGAACUAAACACAGAAGAAACUUCUCUGGUCGUCAUGACAACAGGAGUUAAAUAUACGGAAUACUUUAUCUUAACUUCUUCCAGAGCUUUCAUCACGUGAGCCGAUGGGACAUCGAGUUAUGUCAGGGUUUAUGAAACAGAACAAUAGAUUUAUUAUUAUAUUGUGUUUCACUGUCAGAAAAUUGUUUGGAAAAAUGUCAAGAAUUGCCAUAAAAAUCUUAUUUUCCUUUUUUCACCAAGCAGCUUCAGUCCUGAUCAAAUGUAAAUGUUCCAUUUAAUUAUAAAAACAUUUAAACUCUUUUGAAACAUCAGUUUCUUUACAUAAUGGGGUUGGUUUAUAUGAAAAAGAACCAUUAACGUAAAGUUAGAGGGAUUCUGUUUGUUGAUUAUUAUUAUUAAUCAAUCGCUCCAUAGAACAGCGUCAACGCCCCCAGUGGAGACCAGAGGAACUGCACGAGCCCAAUCUGCUGGGAAACAGUAACAAACUACAACUAAGAGCCUGAUAAAGUUUUGCCUGUAGGAUGAAAAAUUGUGAUUUCAAUGUAUAUUUCUGUCUGUAUUUUGACAGCAGUUUCAUAUAUAAUUAGAUUUUGGACCGAGGUGAUACAGAGACAGAACUAUACGUCACGAGUAUUAAAAACAACAUAAUAAAUAUGUGAAAAGCGUAGAGCUUAGUAAAAGAUGAACCUGGUGUGAGAACAUGGGACACGCUGUGAGGCCUGCUGGUGGCGCUGUCGGCUGUGUCCCACAAGCAGCUGCAGGCGGCGAGUGAGCGGCUCCCCCUGCUGGACAAACUGCAGCACUACACCCGACACUCCUUUAGAAACGGGUCCGAUUUGGUCAUCGUGAAAAUGUGGAUAUAAGGGAACAACAACAACAGAACCGAAAAACAAAGGACCAGUGUGUGAUCAUUAAAUAUUGAUUUAAUAUUCGAUCGGCCGUGUUCAGAGACACGCUGAAGCAGAACCAGUUACCACCAAACAAUUAGAAAAAUAAAACGCUUCUCUCUCUGACUAAACAACGAUUCAUCCGGUCGUUUCCGCCUCCUUUAAAAAGCUAAAUAAAAAUCUGAUUAUUCAAAGUUAGUCACAACAUCAGCUGCCAGGAGACGACCCGGUUCCCCGUGUGGAGACGUUGUGUUACUGCGACACGGAGAACCUUCAGCAGAACCUUCAACAGACGUUUACUGCCGACUCGGCUUUAAAUAAACUCAGAAAACACCCCGACGUCGCCUGAGAGUUAAAAAUAAACAUUUCUCUGUCGGUUUCAGGUCAUGACUUUUAAAAAAAAGGUUUAAAAA